GAUGAUACCUUUUUAAAUAAUUUGCACAAGAAAACAAUGAGUUGUCUGACUUUUCCUAGUCUGCAAUUUCCACUUUCUAGUGCCGUAGAGUAGCAAAAUACGAAAAGCAGAGGGGCAUAACAGUAAAAAAAGUGGAUGCUAUAACAAAAGCAGAUCUUCAUCUCAGCAAAGGCGAUAACAAAGACUGAUAAACUAUGGAAAUCGUAUUAUCCCAAAUAAUUGUUGCUGCUGCUGUUGCUGCUGCUUUUGCGCUUGUGGUGAAAUUACUGAACUGGGCAUACCUGCGGCCGAAGCGGCUGGAGAAGGCCCUGAGGAAGCAGGGGCUGAAUGGUAAUUCCUACAGACUGCUGAUUGGCGACUUGAGAGAUUUCAUGAAGGCCACGGAAGAAGCCAAGACGAAGCCCAUCAAUCUCGAUGAUGAUAUCAAGACAAGAGUUGUGCCCUUCUUCGUCAACACGCUCUCCAAAUUUGGAAAAGAUUCGUUCUUCUGGUUUGGCCCACACCCGACACUCAUCGUAACGGAUCCGGAUCUAGCUAAGGAGAUUCUGGGUAAGUCCGAUUUGUUCUCGAAGGCGCGAAGCUCGAAUCCGCUGUCUAGGCUGCUUGUGCAAGGAGUUCUGAGCCACGAGAAAGAGAAAUGGGCCAAGCACAGGAAGAUCAUCAACCCUGCAUUCCAUCUCGACAAACUUAAGCUAAUGAUACCCGCCUUCUGUUUGAGCUGCGACCAAGUUGUGAGUGAAUGGGAGAAGAGCCUUUCACCAGAAGGUUGCUGCGAGGUGGACGUGUGGCCUUACUUGCAAAAGGUAACGAGCGAUGCAAUAUCAAGAACUGCAUUCGGCAGCAGCUACCAACAAGGCAGAAGGAUAUUCGAGCUGCAGAGCGAGCAGGCCGGCUACGCCAUACACGCACUGCGCUCUGUCUACAUUCCUGGAUGGAGAUAUGUGCCGACGAAAAGGAACAAGAGAAUGAAGGAGAUCGCGAAGGAGGUUCGCUCCAUAAUCCAGCAACUCAUUGAUAGAAGGGUGGAAGCGAUGGGAAGAGAGGAAGGCAGGCACGAGGAUUUGCUGAGCAUAUUGCUGGAGUCGAAUUCGCAAGAAAUCGAAGAGCAUGGUAGCAAGAGCUUCGGGAUGAGCAUGGACGACGUAGUGGAAGAGUGUAAGCUCUUCUAUUUUGCAGGGCAGGAGACGACUGCAUCGCUGCUCGUGUGGGCUCUGGUUUUGCUCAGCAAGCACCCGCAUUGGCAGACGAGGGCGAGGGAGGAGGUACUGCAAGUCUUCGGCCAUCAAACCCCCCAUUUUGAUGGCCUCAAUCAGCUCAAGAUCGUGACCAUGAUUCUGUACGAGGUUUUGAGGCUCUACUCGCCGAUAGUUGCUCAGAGGAGGCGACUGAGCAAGGAUACGAAGGUGGGGGAGCUGGCAUUGCCGGCCGGAGUUGAGUUCAUCUUGCCCUCCAUCUUGCUGCACCACGACCGCGAGAUUUGGGGGGACGACGCGUUGGAGUUCAAUCCGGGGAGGUUUGAAGAAGGAGUGGUCAAGGCGCAGAGGAAGAAGCAAGGUGUGUUCUUCCCGUUUGGGUGGGGGCCUCGCAUCUGCAUUGGGCAGACAUUCGCGAUGCUUGAAGCUAAAGUGGUGCUAGCUGUGAUUCUGCAACGCUUCUACUUCGAGCUGUCGCCUUCAUAUACACAUGCUCCUGCCACAGUCGUCACCAUCCAGCCGCAGCAUGGGGCUCAUCUGCUUCUGCACAAGCUCUAGACGAUAUGAUUGGAAAUAAUAUUAAAAUAUAAAUGAUAUAUUCAAUUCCGUAUCGAACUUAUAAUAAUAUCUAUCAAAUGAUUACAAUAUGAUAUAAUUAGUUUUUCAACUAAAAUAAUACUUCAUCCGUCCCUAAAAUAAGUUCCUCUUUAGGGAUGGUACAGGUUUUAAGGAAAAUUUGUAAAAUGUAUUGAUAGUGGAGAAAAAAUGUUAUACUUAUUAUUGGAAGUUGUGAAAA